GGAUACCAUCCAGCGUACAGAAUCUUGUGAGAGCAUAGUGCCCAAGUAAAGUGGCAGGUCUUCCUGUUUUCCCAUUUCAUCAAUCAAAUCCCGUCUCUCUUUCUUGUCUGUGCACUCACUGCACGUUCCUCUUCUUCUUUGCAGUGCCCUCAGUCGGAGUAUUUCCUAGCAAAAGCACGAGUCUUUGUCUCAGAGACUGUUGUUUUUUCCUCCUAAAACCCGCACCUUCCGCUGUUCAUCUUUACUACUCUGCAUUCUCCAAUACAGACCUGUGUGUUUUGUCUAUCUGAUUAUUCGAUUUCUUUUCUUUUUCUUUUCUUUUUUUUUUUGGUUUUACCUUUUUCGUGUCUUAAUCUUUGGUAACAAGCGUAAAUGGAGGUAAGAGGUGGCACCUAAUCCAAUACCCACUAGUUUUAAAUCCUCAAAUUCAAUCUUCUCGUGAAGAGAAAAGCAGAGGAUGGAGUGUUCCAAAGCCCAAAGUUUCGAGCUUGGAGGGUUUUGAUGCUCUGUUUGUUGCCUAAAUCCAAGUUUCUGCUUCUGGGUCUUUGAAAUGUCAGCAGUAGAAAUGUCCCACAUCGAUCUAGAACAAGGGGGUCACCGCCGUUCCUUCGGAGGAAGCAAUAGAAGCGGCGACGGUAGCCUCUGUUUCUCUGAUGCAGACGAAGGGUCGUGUUAUUCUCUGUUCUAUUCCACCGCCGGUGGAUCCUAUGAUGAGUACAGCUUUGCCUGCGUCACGGAUGCUGAGAUUGGAGGGGUUUCGGAUUCUAGGAGAGUCUCUUCCAUGUCGGAUUGCUCGGUGGAGGUCGAAACUGAAAACGGGGUUCCCGAAAUCAAGGUGCAUUUGGCUAAAGCAGAGAGAGAUUGUAGAAUUUGUCACCUGAGCUUAGAGAGUAGUAACUAUGAGUCCGGGAUUCCUAUUGAAUUGGGUUGUUCUUGUAAGGAGGAUUUGGCUGCUGCCCACAAACAUUGUGCUGAAGCCUGGUUCAAGAUUAAGGGAAAUAAGACUUGUGAAAUCUGUAAUUCGACUGCACGAAAUGUUUUUAGUGCAAGCGAAAUGGAGUUGACAGAGCAUUCAAAUGAAACCAGCAAUAAUGCCACAGUCACAGCCACAGCCACAGCCCCAGCUGCAGUCUCUACAACAGUGUCUGGUGCUGAGACCCGAAGCUUCUGGCAUGGCCAUCGCUUCCUAAAUUUCCUGCUUGCUUGCAUGGUGUUUGCUUUUGUCAUAUCUUGGCUCUUUCACUUCAACGUGCCAUCAUGAGAUCCUGUAAAGAAUCAAUUCUGUAAAACAGUGCAGAAGAACUCGAGUGGGAGGAUGGGCGUGCCAGCACAGUGUCAAGCCUUGAGGCGUUUAUAUAGUUAUCCAUACAGUUGUAUUUGCCUUCACACGUAUUAUUCGAGUUAGUUAUAUCCACAUUUGCUUGUUUCUUAUAAUUAUCAGAGCUUUACGACUAGUCUUUGUUAUCCCAUGUCAUAAAAGUGCCAUUGUCUCUUCUUUUAAUAUUAUAAGUAUCUUCGUACUGUUGUCGCUCCA